AUGGUUAUGAAGAAUGAUCCAAAGAAAACUAUUGAGCUACAUAGUACUAUAGAACCAAUUGACCAAGAGAAAGGUAUGUCAGAUUUUCGCAUUCAGAGCGACAAAAACGAUGAAAUGUUUGUGCUAGAGAAUACCACGGGGAAUUUUGAAGAGGUUGCUCAUGAUAUAGUUGUUACUUGUGUGGUGCAGGUGUUCAGCCAUCUCGAAGACCCCGCACCUGUUCCCGCACCCACUGUCACUUGCUCACGCACUCCUGUGACACAUGUUCCUGCACCCGCUAUUACCACCCCUCCUGUAACACCUACUCCUGCAUCCGCUGCUGCCCUGUAUCCUGUGAAGUCUGCUGCUUCCGCACCUACUCGUCAACCUGCUACACUUGCUACUGCAGCUAGUACACCAACUACCCCACCACUUCCAGUCUCACCACUUCCAGUCCCACCACUUCAAGCCUCACGUGUUCCGACACCUCUUGAGCCUGUCCCCUCGACUCAUACCCCCUAA